AUGCCGACUACACGGUCCAACAAGCACACGACAUCAUCAGCAGAUGCUCCAAUGGUGGUUACAACAAUCGCCGUCAACACAACAACGACAACAAGUAACACUGCUGGAUUGGGUACCAUUGUUGACGCAACUUCACCAAGUUACGCUACUCCGCCAGAUAUUCCAGGUGCUCAUGGUAUUACGACAAUAGCACCAUCAGUGUCGAAAGCCAAUCCCACCCUACCCACGACAGUUUUGGCUGGAAAUGUACCACAAUCAACUAUUGGUACGAGUCCUGGAAACGUACCGAUAUUGAAUCCGGCGCCUGGUAUGGUUCCACCUGCGUCGUCUGCACAACUGCAUCAGUAUUUUGGUUAUGGGUUGGGGAGUGUUCCACAGUAUGGACAAGCUCUUCCAACGUAUCCAAAUAAUGUGAAUCAUGCGCCAACUACGCAAUUGAAUACAACUCCAUCACAUCAUCCUGUUCUUGCGCCACCAGCACCUGCAGGUCCGCCUGGUCAACCUGCGACAACAACAGCAGUAGGAGAGGAGGACGCCACACCAUCAAGAGUCAUCCAGUUUAUGCGUUCCCAAACACGACUCAACGCAUCACACGAGCAUGAUAUUCACGAGCAAACCGAACAUAAUAAAAUUCCUGGAGGAAAUCCAAAAGCUCGCAGAACUACACGUCCUGGAGGAGAAACCUCUUCUAACACAUCUCCUCCAGUUUUGUGA